CCAUAUUUGGACGACGCAUACAUAGCUAAAAACGAAGUACAGUGCAACGCCAUAAUUCACUAAUACAUCAUAAAUCGUUGAAAGUACCCGCGUUAUAACGACCAGGAGAAAUCUAACAAAUCAAGCGCCCCUUAGUCCUCAGCCGUAAGCCUGCAACUCUCUAAAACAACCUAAAUGAGCUCUUACUUUGUAAACUCGUUCUCGGGGCGCUACCCAAAUGGCCCCGACUAUCAACUGCUAAAUUAUGGAGCCGGCAGCGGCGCAAUGAACGGCGGGACGUACAGGGACUCUUCCUCCGCCAACAUGCACCAUGCGACGGGCUCGUACGGCUACAGCUACAAUGGAAUGGACCUGACCGUGAGCAACCGGGGAGGGGGAGCGGUGACCGGCAGCACCGGAGGACACUUCGGGGGCGGCUCGGUCGUCGGGGACUCCCGGGGCUUCGGCUCCCCGGCACCGGAGACAGGCUUCCGACAGACGUCCAGCUGCUCCCUCGCGUCUGCGGCGGAUUCCAUGCUGUCACCCGGUGGCGGAGACGCCAAACUGGGCGCCCGGAGCUCGUCUCCCCGUGCGGAGCAACCAGGAAGCGGUAAUCUCAGCUCUCCAAACCUGUCCUCCACCUCCACCUCCUCCUCCUCCGGCGGCGGCGGAGGAGGAGGAAGCACGGCGCAGCUUUUCACGGAGCUGGACGACGCGUCUCCGGACACUGAGGAGUUGUCCCAGCACAACCGGGAACUCGGCCACGGCGGAAACCCGACGCCAAGGACCGGGCAGAGGCAAGAGGGCGGCCCGGCGGGAUCAGCCUCUGGCGGCACGACGGGCAACGAGACUCAGCCACCACAGAUAUUCCCCUGGAUGAGAAAGCUGCACAUUAGCCAUGAUAUGACAGGCCCGGACGGGAAGCGGGCGCGGACGGCGUACACCCGCUACCAGACGCUCGAGCUGGAGAAGGAGUUCCACUUCAACCGGUACCUCACGCGGCGGAGGCGCAUCGAGAUCGCGCACGCGCUCUGCCUCACGGAGCGGCAGAUCAAGAUCUGGUUCCAGAACCGCAGGAUGAAGUGGAAGAAGGACAACAAGCUGAAGAGCAUGAGCCUGGCCACCGCCGGCAGCGCCUUUCAACCCUAAGAAAUGAAAAAUCAAGAAAAAAAGAAAAGAAAAAAAAGGAAUCCAUCCGUCCAUCUCUUUGAUGAAGGUUUCACUACCAUGUGGUAGGGGGGGGAAAGACAGACAAAACUGUAUAAAGACAAGCAGAAAAAUGGAGCAGAAGAUGACGGUGAUGAAGAAACAUAUGUACAAAUCCAGAUCUAGAUUUAAAAAAAAACAAAAAACACUUCCUUACUAUCAACGGAGUACUGUACAGCAGCGCAGCACUUUUUAUUUGUCCGGCAUGUUGGUGUUUUUAGGGCAACGUAAAUACAAACUGUGGUACUUGCUCUUGUUUAAAAAACGUAGUGUUCCUGUAUGUUGUUUAAAAAAAAAGAAAAGAAACAUCUGUCCGGAGCAGAGGAGUCGAGAUAAGGGAAAGAUGAAUAACGCUACCUAAAUAUACGUUUCUACUUUACGUCCUACCUUGCAACCUUGCUACCUAUACCUGUUGUUUAGUGUCUGAAUAUCGUUUUAUGUGCCACGUGCGAUGUUUUAUAAUUGACAAAGUGCUUUCUAGAGAUGUUAGCAUGUGAGCUCUUAUUCUAAGUUUACGGCCAAUAGCGUGUGUAGCCUUCUGUCUGUCUGUCUGUCAGUUACUCGCCAGUCAAAUCAGCCCCUAUUUCUAAUGUAGGAAGCGGGGGAGGUGUGUGUGUGUGUGUGUGUGUGUGUGUGUGUGUGUGUGUGUGUGUGUGUGUGUGUGUGUGUGUGUGUGUGUGUGUGUGUGUGUGUGUGUGUGUAAACAAACUGCUAACAUCUCCGUAUCAUGUUGUGUAUAGCUCUAUUAUUAAAAAAAAAGGUGUAACUGUAUAUUAUUGUUAUUAUUAUUGUAAUUAUUGGAUACAUGUUUCAGAAAGGAUGUACAUAGAUAUAUAUUGUCAUUUUUUUAAAUGUGACCAAUUGGCUAUUUGUAGUUGCAAUGUGUGUGCGUGUGCGUGAGAGAGAGAGAGAGAGAGAGAGAGAGAGAGAGAGAGAGAGAGAGUGUGUGUGUGCGUGUAUGUGCGCAUGUGAGAUUAACGGCUACCGUCCUGUGAGGCCUGUGAGCUUUCUGCCAAUGAGCUUUUUGUAUUUUGUUUGUAACUUGGAGUAAAAAAAACAACAAACAAUAAAGUUGCCCAUACUCGU